GGCAGUAGGUGGAAUGACAUUAUGGAUGCUUAUGCGUGUAUCAUGGCGGGUUACAGGCGGGCUGCAUCAAACCUUGUGUUGGUUGGUUGGUGUUGAGAGUGAAGAAAAGAGUAAGAAACAGCGACAGUUGAGAUAUGCUCAAUCAGAUUCCAUGCUCGCUGCUCGAAACCAUUCAUAUCGGCAGCUUGAUCGGGAUUUAGAUCGUCGGGGUUGGACCAGACAUGAUCCCACUGCUGUGAGUGUGCCUCGAGGAACGUUGAAACGUCAAGCAAGUAUGCCACGACUAUCUAAAUAUCAACCCGCAGUAAGAGAUAGUGCAGACAUUCCUUAUAUCUCGGAUACAACAUCACUCCCAACUCGGCCGAUCUGAAAUCUCUAUUGGCUUGAAUUAGAUGCUUACAGACCCCCUUAAUGAAUGCUUGUUGCAACAAUAUUUCAAAUCUUCAAUUACCGCCGUAUUUGCAUAACGUGGAGCGCCAAAUAAGGGUGUAAUAAACAGCAGUCAUGAUAAUUCCUACCAAAU